CUCGAAGUGGUGGUGCCGCUGCGUGCUGACUGGAAGAAGACAUGUUGCCUUUAAGUGACCCUCGUAAGAUCCAUGUAUCCAGCGUGUAUAUGAUUUUGAUAAGAAGUUAGUCUUAAAAACAAGUAUUUAGAGCAAUCAGUGCUAAGAGUACAAAGUGAACCAUACAGCAAACCGAGGCCUAAUUUACACCAGACUACUAAACUGUGCGUGGAGUUUGGUGUUCUCACUGUGUUCACUUGGAGUUCCCUCAGAUGAUUUGAUUUCCUCCACAAUCUCAACAAAAUCAAGCCGAUUAAAGAGCAAGCAGCGAUACAAGCAUUGUUCUCUUCUUAUGGACCCUGACUUUGUCCAGGGUUUUGUUUCUCUUUGAGCUGCUCACUGCUAACUGCUAAACCUGACUAGGAGUUACCGUUCUCGUGAAGCCUCACACGUGAUUGCCGUAUUUCCCAUGGACACUGGAAGGCAUCAGCAGCCCGGUGUUAGGAAAACGGGGAGCGGAGAUGGAGGUGGGAGGGGCCUGGCAUGGCUGACGUCACCGGCUGUGUGGAGGAGUAUAGGCUGUGCUGUCAGCCCAGUGUCAGUCUGAUGAAGAUUGGCAUGCAGGUUUUGUGUGGAGAGUUGGAUUGUGGGCCACAGAGCAGAGAACAACACUGAAAGCUGCUGCGUUGAUGGACAAGCCAACUGUAAGUGUCUAAAUGUGAAGCUAUCCCAUGAUGCAACAUGUGUCCCCAGCACCUGCAGUGACAAUGAUGGCCACCCAGAGCGUUCCUCCACCAUCGUACCAGGAGAGCCAACAGAUGACGGGCACCACUCAGCAGAACACCAAGACCCCACAGGUCCAUAUCCCAGCAGCCUCUGCAGCAGGAAAUACCUCUGUCAGUGUGACCCUUGACCCCCAGGCCCAGCUUGAGUCUGACAAGAGGGCAGUUUACAGACAUCCGUUGUUCCCCCUGCUGGCGUUGUUGUUUGAGAAAUGUGAGCAGGCCACACAGGGAUCUGAAUGCAUCACGUCAGCCAGCUUUGAUGUGGACAUUGAAAACUUUGUGCAUCAGCAGGAGCGAGAACACAAGCCCUUCUUCAGUGAAGACCCAGAGCUGGAUAACUUGAUGGUAAAGGCAAUUCAGGUGUUGCGAAUCCACCUAUUGGAGUUAGAGAAGGUCAAUGAACUCUGUAAAGAUUUCUGCAACCGUUACAUCACCUGCCUCAAGACCAAGAUGCACAGCGACAACCUCCUCCGUAAUGACCUCGGAGGACCCUAUUCUCCGUCACACACCAGUCUCAACAUGCAGCAGGAACUAAUUCAGACCUCCUCUCCAUCCAUGACCUCUGUCUCCAGCUCUGUUAACCCUUCAGGGAUAUUGGUGCCCGCCGGGGGUCUGCAACAGGGCAAUGUCGCCAUGACUACCAUCAACUCCCAAGUGGUAUCAGGUGGGACCCUGUACCAGCCGGUUGCCAUGGUGACAUCGCAAGGGCAAGUGUUAACGCAGGCGCUGCCACCGGGAACCAUCCAGAUCCAAAACUCACAGGUAAACAUGGACCUGUCGUCCCUGUUGGACAGCGAAGACAAGAAGUCCAAGAAUAAGAGGGGGGUCCUGCCCAAACACGCCACCAACAUCAUGCGCUCCUGGCUCUUUCAGCAUCUCAUGCACCCAUACCCAACAGAAGACGAGAAAAGACAGAUUGCAGGACAAACAAAUCUAACCCUUUUGCAAGUGAACAACUGGUUCAUCAACGCUCGUCGGCGUAUCCUCCAGCCCAUGUUGGAUGCCAGUAACCCAGACCCAGCUCCUAAAGCGAAGAAGAUGAAGUCCCAGCACCGGCCGACUCAGCGCUUCUGGCCCGACUCCAUCGUGGCAGGAGUUCUGCAGACGCACAGAUCAGGAAACAACUCAGACAACCCCCUGAGUAUGGACAGUCUCCAGUCUCUGUCCUCAGACUCAGCCACCCUGGCCAUGCAGCAAGCCAUGCUGGGAGCAGACGACUCCAUGGACGGCACCGAGGAGGAGGACGAAGAGGAAGAGGAGGAAGAGGAGGAGGAAGGAAUGGAAGAGGAAGAAGAGGAGGAGGACGGAGAGGAGGAAAAUGACAGGGGGGGGCAAAUGUCCAGUGGAGGAGGGGGAAGUAGAGAUCUGCGCAUGGAGCACAGAGAGGAAUUAGAGUAGUCAACUAGAGGAAAAGACUGAACUUUGAACUCAGUUGUCCCCUUAAUACGGCCUCCUUCAAACCCAACUAGGACAGCUCUGAUGCUAAGUGACUAAGAGAGCAUGUGAGGGCAUUUUAGGUUUUCUCCAAGUUCAUCAGAGACUCUUAUUCAGAGCCACCAUGGAGCCUAAUCAGACACAGUGACCAUCAUGAUCAUGAUUAAGGACGAAUAUGAGUUUAAUGAUGAAUAUGUGUUGUUUCAUUUAACUAUUGUAUGUUCUCAUGCAGUGAGCUCCUGAAAUAUUUGGAUAGUAGCACAUGUUUAGCUCCUGUUAUUUAUGGACAGAAAUGGCACAAGAACUAAAAGGUUAAAACGAAUACUGCCCGUUAUAAAUUGAGAGAUUUUGUACCACUUUGCAGCUAACGUUAAAGAAGUUUGACGCUGUCAGAGAGCAAUGCUAUUUUGAGACUGUUUUGAAUUCAGGUUACUGUGAACUGAAACAGAAGAAUGAAGAGUAUUGAGAAGUUGCACAUGCAUCAAAAAAUGAAAAAAACUUUGCACAGUGAGAUUUUUUGACUAUGUGAAAAACAACUUCUUGAUUGAAUGUAAUAUGUCCAUGAAUUGUGGCACCAUGAAAUGAGUUACAAAAAGAUCUGCAGCUUUUUGAACUCUUCAUUUCAUGUGACUGAGAGAACCCUCAAUUUGUAACUGACAGUCUACACUUUAACAUUGCAGUUAAUGUGCCGUUUGCUUCCUAAAAUAAGAGUGAGGUGCUUAAAGAAAGGAGAAAUAAAAAAGGUGUCAUGCUGUCCAAAUAUCUGCAGAAGUGACUGUAUGUGUUGGUUUUCACUGCUGGAGCAUCAUUCACGCCUUCUAAAUGACUCAUCGGUUCUCAGGUCGAACAACACUCAUUCGGCGUGUUUCUUCGUCAUGAGCGAAACACUUGACUCAUUGCUGCAGCAAACCUCUUAGAGCAUGACUUUUUGAACAAUCUUAGUUAAAUUUUUUCUUCUUCCAUGAGCAAAACUGUAAUAAACCAGUGUAUACUGACUGCAAAUAUAGUAUCUAUAUCGGAUUUUUCAUGUUUGCAUUCUGGUGUUGAAGGUUUGCAUAUUUAUUCUAUUUUUUGCGUGGCAUCAGAGGGUAGCUCAAGGAACAAUAUGACAAUGAUAGUUGCUUCUGCAUAUAUUGCAAACUUUCUGAAUAAGGCUAUUGUAUUAGCUGGUGGCCAUGCACAUACUUGACUUCAACCACCAAGUCAGUCUUAGAAAAUUGCUUGUGUAUUUUUGUGACCUUGGGUGAUUCUGUCACAAAAUAAGAGCAUGGCAAGCACUGCCAGUCACAAACUGUCUCACCCACAUCUCAACAUGAAGGGAAAUCACACAGACGGCCAAUGACAUUGGAAUCCCCAACCGACAGAGCCAGUGUCUUUUACUGACAAACUUUUUCAUGGAGACAAAGAAGAGAAUUUUGUUGAAAACGAGAAAGAGAGAAAAAAAACCUCAGUAUUAAUGUCUCUUUCAAUUUUUUGUGAAGGAUUUUGAAGAAACUGUGAAAGAAUUUCAGCUCUGUGAAGAUGUCUAGAAAAAGAAAAAACAUGUUAUAUUGAAUGUUCUGACUGUUCAUUGUGAAGUAUGUUACUCAUUAAUAUUAUUUUCUUGAUUGCUUUUUUAAAUGGAUCUUCCACAGCAAGUGACAGACAAUAGGGAAUAUUUCUAUUUCACUUGUACACUUGGUUGUCAUAAUCUAUUGUGUUUCAAUAGACCAAUUUUAAUAAUUAAAACAUGUAAAGGUA